UUAGGUCAAAUACAACCAAGAUGGCGACAGAGGAAGACAGCGUGGAUCAGGAGAUCGAAGAAGGGGAAGAGUUAGAGAAAGAAAAUAAGGGGAAAAAGGUUGCCAAACACGAUUCAGGAGCAGCGGACCUAGAGAAGGUUACAGAUUAUGUCGAAGAAGCUGAAAUUCAGGCUCAACAAUUUGCUAAUGCAAUGCAAGUGGUCUCCGACCAGCAAGUCAAAGAGGCAGCAAGGAAGCUGGAGAAGGAAAAAGAACUGUCCAAAGUGAAGAUUAACAAAGAUGAUGUAGAUUUAAUU